CCUCUAUAAAGAACCUCAGGCCAUCUCGACUCCUUCCCCACUCACAAAGCUAGCUUCUUUUCCCCAUUAGUGGGUUACAGUACUUCCCUUAGUCCCCAAAAGCUUGCUGAGCGCGCUGUAAGGAGUAAGACGAAGAGGAGAAGAUGCAGGCUAAAGAGGAAGAUGUUGCUUUGGGAGCCAAUAAGUUUCCGGAGAGACAACCUAUAGGAACGGCGGCGCAGUUGCAGGAGAAAGACUACAAAGAGCCGCCACCGGCGCCGCUUUUUGAGCCCGGAGAGCUGAAAUCAUGGUCUUUUUACAGAGCAGGAAUCGCUGAGUUCGUGGCUACUUUCCUCUUCCUUUAUAUAACCAUCCUUACGGUGAUGGGAGUGGUUAGUUCUAAGAGCAAGUGCAGCACAGUGGGAAUUCAGGGUAUUGCUUGGGCUUUUGGGGGGAUGAUCUUCGCUUUGGUUUACUGCACCGCAGGAAUUUCAGGUGGGCACAUAAACCCUGCAGUAACCUUUGGGCUUUUUCUAGCCAGGAAGCUCUCCCUCACCAGGGCCCUCUUUUACAUGGUGAUGCAGUGCCUCGGUGCUAUCUGUGGCGCCGGCGUCGUUAAAGGCUUCAAAAAGAGCCUCUACAUGGCCAACAAUGGUGGAACAAAUUCCGUGAGCCCGGGCUACACUAAGGGCGAUGGCCUCGGCGCCGAGAUCGUCGGCACCUUUGUUCUAGUCUACACAGUCUUCUCGGCCACCGAUGCAAAAAGGAGCGCUAGAGACUCUCAUGUCCCUAUUUUAGCACCACUUCCAAUUGGCUUUGCUGUGUUUCUAGUUCACUUGGCCACCAUUCCCAUCACUGGAACUGGCAUCAACCCUGCCAGAAGUCUUGGAGCAGCCAUUAUCUACAACAGAUCCCAUGCUUGGGAUGAUCAAUGGAUAUUUUGGGUUGGACCUUUCAUAGGAGCUGCUCUUGCUGCAAUAUAUCACCAGAUUGUUAUCAGAGCAAUCCCAUUCAAAAGAAGGGCUUGAUCUCUCUUCACUCUUUGUUUCCUGUGACAUAAAAUAAUAAGAAUUCGGGGCUUUUGGAUGCUUCCCGGUUUCUGUUUCUGGAACCACCGAUCGCCACGUUGACAGCUGAUGAGGUGUAUGGCGACGUGCGCCCGGUGGUUGGCCGUCUGGAUGUCCAGCUUCCGGAAGGAUUAUUUUCUCCUGUUUUUGGCUUGAGUCUUUGUGGUGCUGUGUACAUUGUCUAUAACAGUCAUGUAAUAUGUAUCAAUUUUACGCGUUUAUAAACACUAUAUAUCAUCGUUUUGUAUGACUCUCAGUGCAAUAUCGAGUUUGACAGUACUUCAAUAUUUUAAUGUAAUAUCGUGUUAAAACUCUUAUAAUAUUCUAUGUUGGACC